GCGGCGACGCCGCCUCCACCGAGAUUUAAAGGGCAGUCGGGCGGAGGGAUCUUCGAACGACGCUCGCUGCGAUCCCUCCGCCUAGAGGCUCAGCGACGGCAACGACGCGGCUUCUUUGGAAAAAUCGCUCUUGUGCCUCCGCCGUCGGGUGCCGCGGCAGGGAACUUCAUUCUCUCUGGCGUCUCUCCGCCUCUUCCCACAGAAUUCCGUCGAAGCCAUCGCGGCCACUAGCGCGGGGCAAAGGAGCGCGCACGCUCGGUGUCGGCGUGGUGUCCCUCCGCCGUCAUCCGUGGACUCCUUUUCGUGUCCUUCCACCGAGCCCGGGCGGUGUCCGGGUGGCUCACCGGGGGCGGCGACGCGUCUGCGGCGCGGCAGCGAGGCUCGGGGGCUAUGAGGUGAGGACGCCCGGGGACCGGAGGCGGCACCCGGCGCUGCGCGAGAACGCAGGACGCGAAGCCCCGAAGCCGGCGUAUGCCUCUCAGAUUCCGCGACUGCGCGCGAGUUGGAGGAGAGAACAUUGAAAUUAUUCUCUAAGCUAUCUGAAGAGAGUGACUAAAUGCUCCUGGGUCAGGCUGUCUGUGGGUAUGAAGUGGUUGGGAGACUCCAAGAACAUGGUGGUGAAUGGCAGGAGAAAUGGAGGCAAGUUGUCUAAUGACCAUCAGCAGAAUCAAUCCAAAUUACAGCACUCGGGCAAGGACACCCUGAAGACUGGCAGAAACGCUGUUGAGAGGCGGUCCAACAGAUGUCAUGGUAACUCAGGAUUUGAAGGGCAGAGUCGCUAUGUGCCGUCCUCUGGAAUGUCCGCCAAGGAGCUCUGUGAGAACGAUGACUUAGCAACCAGUUUGGUUCUUGAUCCCUAUUUAGGUUUUCAGACACACAAAAUGAACACUAGCGCCUUUCCUUCGAGGAGCUCGAGACAUAUUUCAAAAGCUGACAGUUUUUCUCACAACAAUCCUGUGAGAUUUCGGCCUAUAAAAGGAAGGCAAGAAGAGCUAAAGGAAGUCAUUGAACGCUUUAAGAAAGAUGAACACUUAGAGAAAGCUUUCAAAUGUUUGACUUCAGGUGAAUGGGCACGGCAUUAUUUUCUCAACAAAAACAAAAUGCAGGAGAAAUUAUUCAAGGAACAUGUCUUUAUUUACUUGCGGAUGUUUGCAACUGACAGUGGAUUUGAAAUAUUGCCUUGUAAUAGAUACUCUUCAGAACAAAACGGAGCCAAGAUAGUUGCAACAAAAGAGUGGAAACGAAAUGACAAAAUAGAAUUACUGGUGGGUUGUAUUGCCGAACUUUCAGAAAUUGAGGAGAACAUGCUACUUAGACAUGGAGAAAACGACUUCAGUGUCAUGUAUUCCACAAGGAAAAAUUGUGCUCAACUCUGGCUCGGUCCUGCUGCAUUUAUCAAUCAUGAUUGCAGACCUAACUGUAAGUUUGUGUCAACUGGUCGAGAUACAGCAUGUGUUAAGGCUCUGAGAGAUAUUGAACCUGGAGAAGAAAUUUCUUGUUACUAUGGAGAUGGUUUUUUUGGAGAAAAUAAUGAGUUCUGCGAAUGUUAUACUUGUGAAAGACGGGGAACUGGUGCUUUUAAAUCACGAGUAGGACUGCCUGCGCCUGCUCCUGUUAUCAAUAGCAAAUACGGACUUAGAGAAACAGAUAAACGCUUAAAUAGGCUUAAAAAGUUAGGUGACAGCAGCAAAAACUCAGACAGUCAGUCUGUCAGCUCUAACACAGAUGCAGAUACCACUCAGGAAAAAGACAAUGCAACUUCUAACCGAAAACCUUCAGUUGGUGUAAAAAAGAGCAGCAAGAGCAGAGCACUGGCAAGGCCGUCCGUGCCGAGAGUCCCGGCUGCCUCCAACUCUACCUCACCUAAGCUAGUGCACACGAACAAUUCCAGGGUACCAAAGAAACUGAGAAAGCCGGCAAAGCCUUUACUUUCCAAAAUCAAACUGAGGAAUCACUGCAAGCGGCUGGACCAGAAGAGCACAUCCCGGAAGCUCGAGAUGGGGAACUUAGUGCUUAAGGAGCCCAAAGUCGUGCUAUAUAAAAAUUUGCCAAUUAAGAAAGAAAGGGAGCCAGAGGGACCAGUUCAUGCUGCAGUGGGGAGUGGGUGCUUGACUAGACAUGCUGCGAGAGAACACAGGCAGAACCCUGGGAGAGGUGCUCACUCGCAGGGCGACAGUUUGCCCUGCACCUACACAACCCGGCGCUCUUUGAGGACAAGGACAGGUCUGAAGGAGACCACUGACAUCAAGCUUGAACCAAGUCCCUUGGAUGGCUAUAAAAAUGGUAUACUGGAACCUUGCCCAGACAGUGGCCAGCAGCCAACCCCAGAGGUGCUGGAAGAACUGGCUCCUGAGACUGCACACAGGGAGGAAGCAUCCCAGGAGUGUCCCAAAAGUGACUCCUGCCCGUCACGAAAGAAAUUUCGACAAGGGAAACCUGUAAAACACUUAGCAAAGACAGAGGACUGCAGUCCAGAGCACAGCUUUCCUGGGAAAGAUGGCUUGCCAGAUUUGCCAGGGUCCCAUCCUGACCAGGGUGAGCCCAGUGGCACAAUCAGGGUGCCUGUGAGCUACACAGACUCUGCUCCCUCACCUGUUGGCUGCUCCAUUGUCACACCCGACAGCUUCACAAAAAAAGACAGCUUCAGAACUGCACAAAGUAAAAAGAAGCGGCGGGUCACCAGGUACGAUGCACAGCUGAUCCUGGAGAACAGCUCUGGAAUCCCCAAGUUGACACUUCGUAGGCGGCACGACAGCAGCAGCAAGACAAACGACCAUGAGAGUGAUGGUGUGAACUCCUCAAAAAUCAGCAUCAAGCUCAGCAAAGACCACGAGAGUGACAGCAACCUCUAUGUCGCAAAGCUUAGUAAUGGCGUUAGCUCCGGGCCAGGCAGCAGUUCUACCAAGCUCAAAAUCCAGCUCAAGCGGGAUGAGGAGAGCAGGGGGCCAUAUACAGAGGGGCUUCACGAGAAUGGGGUGUGCUGCAGUGAUCCCCUCUCCCUGCUGGAGUCCCAGAUGGAGGUGGAUGACUACAGUCAAUAUGAGGAGGACAGCACAGAUGACUCGUCAUCUUCUGAAGGGGAGGAGGAGGAGGAGGACUGCGAGGAUGACUUCGAUGAUGACUUUAUUCCUCUUCCUCCCGCAAAGCGGCUGAGGCUAAUUGUUGGUAAAGACUCCAUAGAUAUUGACAUUUCUUCAAGGAGAAGAGAAGAUCAGUCUCUAAGACUGAAUGCAUGAGUGCUCACUCAUUGUCCUAGGGAACUAAAACGUAAAAAUCUCAGCCACAGCUUCUCAGCGCAGCACUUCUGUGGUCUCUUCACCUGUAGGCAUAAUACUGUAGAAAGUGUACAGCAUCCUGACUCUUAAUGUCUGAUUUGUGCAAAUUUUUAUUGUACUUUUUAAAUAGCCUUCUUAUGUGCAAUUCCGAGGGAAAGCCCUGUUUUAGGAUAGAGGCUCCAAUAAACUGUCCAGUGACAGCAGCUCUCCACAUAGGACCUUCAGACACUAAUGUGGUUACACCAUGUUGUCACCUAUAAGAGCAAGCGCCAGCCCUCUUCCAUAGAUGACUAAACCGUAGUUAGGGCGGAGCAGAGCAGCCUUGUGGGAAGGGUUUUCAGCAUCUGCUCCUAUCACCAGCAUCAACCUCUGGCUUUUGGUUUAUUUGCUAGAUGUUUCCCCCUUGGAGUUGUGUCGGUUUCACACUGUUUACUGGCCCAGGUGUCCUGUCCGUGGCCUUCGUUAUCGUAGCAGACCAUUGGCUGGAAGUCAGAUUGAUUUCUUUGAAGAAAAAAAAAUUAACUUAAAUGCAGUCUUCUGCGUGACAGCUCAUUCUCAGUGCAUUACAUGUACGAGGCUGGUGGUGUGCAGAAUGAGUUUUCACAGCAGCUUAUUUAUUGCUUGUCUUGUAAAUUAAAGACCGUGUAUUUAACACUUUCCAAUCCUUUUAGAUAAAAUUGUUCUUUGCAAGAAUGAUUGGUGCUUAUUUUUUCAAACCUUUGCUGUGAACAGCGUGGCGACAGCGAGCAACGUUUAUCUGAUGAACUCUAGCUAUCUUAAUUUGGGUCUUCAAGUUUCUGUUGCACUUGUAAAAUGCUACAAGGAAUAUUAAAAGAAAUCUAUUCACUUUAACUUAUAAUAGUUUAUGAAAUAAGAACAUGAGUCACAGCUUUUGUUCUGUGGUAACCUAUACAAACAUUUGUCUUUGGGAUUCAAUGUAAAGAGCUGAAAACAAUGUAUAUGUUGUAAAUAUUUGUGUGUUGUGAGAAAUUUUUGUCAUAAGAAAUUAAAAGAACUUACCAGGAAGGUUUUUAAGUUUAGAAAUAUUCAUGCCAAUAAAAUAGGAAAUUAUAAAUAUAUAGUGUAA